CUCGACAACAACAGCAGGGUACCAGGGCGCCCAACUUCGCGCUCUCGCGCCGCCCCCCAGGGGAGAGAAGGACGAGGAGGAAUCCGAGCCGAACCGCGAAGCGCGAACAACUUCGCGCCCCCGAGGGCGCCCUUGAGGGUACGACACGUUGGCUGGUCUUGCGGCAUUUGUAUGCUCAGGACUUGGGGCUCGACCACCUGAGGAUGGAGCUGAGCAGGUCGGGCCCCACCGGUGCCGGAGGGUAUAGGUCGACCUACCAGGAUUGCCUGCCAUCACGCUCUACACGGUUCACCUGCACGCGGGUGCCGGCGCAGGCGGCGCGAAUGCGCCCAUCCUCGCAGCACUAGGUAAAAGCAUGAAGCUGAUCAAGGGUCCUGCUUUUGCCACAUGCAUUUCUAUAUAUAUAUAUAUAUAUAGGUGGCAGCGGACCUGGGGUGUCAGGCGCACAUCGGGACAUCACCAACGGCAUGACCAGAUUAAGCUCAGGCAGCGACUUCAAAAAGGUCGCGCGCUGUUUCAAAUGUGCGCUCGCGGUUGAAAGGCCAUCCUCAACGACAAAGUUGCUGUCGUACCGAGCAGCAUCGACCUCGCUCGAGAAGUGUGCCGAGCUCCUGCCUCCCCCCGAGGAGGCCGCCUCGACCAACGCUGCGUCUCUUGGAGGUCGGCCAGGCUGGAGCACGUGCGCGCUCCGGGCCCGGAGCCGGCGAGGAGCAGCGCAGCAGGCUCGAGACGAGGCGCGCGCCUCCGACAGCUCCAGCGAGGAGCUAAAACGGUGCACGGCCGUGCCAGCCGCUCCUUUUUGUCCUCGCGUUCUGAAGGCCGGGGUCGCCACAUGGGGCGGCGUGCGGCACCGAGGUCCAGGGACCAAGUACUGAGGAGCGGCUUCCUGCUCAGCGUUUGCAGUCUCGGGCCAAUGCACCUCAGCACGGUGGAACAAGUUUGCGUGCAACGGCUGCUCGUUCUUGGGACGAGGGUGCCAGGUUGGCGCUAGCCCCAGCUCAGACGUUCUGUUUGGUGAGGGGGAAGAUGGGAGCGCACACGAUGACCCAAGAAGGAAUGCGACGUGGAGCAAAACUCAAACCGGACAGUAAGAACUGGCAGGCCUGACGUUUUAAACACCUGCUGAUAGGAAAAACUGAUCGAACUUCCGCCCCGCAGCGAGCCACCCAAGACAAUUAUUGCCCGGGCAACCUCCGCGCAGCAGAAAGGGUGGAGGAAGAGGACGGGAGGAAACACCGAGCGAAUUCCCGCCACUGCCUAGGAGAACGGUCAUCAAGCAAAAUCUUGCGAGCGCGGAGCGAUACGAAAUUCCCCCAAAUCGUAUCGGUGAGACGGGGUGGAGAAGAGGGGAGGAGCCGGAGGGAGGCGACAGGGGAGGAAGGAGCUCAGCCAGGCCUCGAAUCGAGGAUAGGCCGGCACAACCAAAAUGUCACACUGCCUGCUGCAGGAGCCAGCUGGGGAGGACAAAUCCUGCCCCCUGCUGAGGACAGAGGCGCGCAAUACAUAGUGUGAUGCCUCUACACAAAGGCGGCCACGGCUCCCCCCAUGGCAGCGUGUAGAUGACAGUCUCGUCCAAAAUUGAAAACGGGCGGGAAGCAGCGCCAGGUGCCCUGAAACACACGAUGGACAAAAAAGUGCCAAGCCGGAGAGGAAAAAUAGGGGAACAAAAAGAGCGAGGAUAAUGAAACUGACAACGAUGAUCCCGAGAUCCUCUUCAUACAGGCCGACAACCGGGCGCUCCAAGUGGCGCCACAGCUGCAGGCAUGCGGAGCUGCCCGUUUUCGAAACGGGGCCCUCGCCCGAGACGCCAUCGCGCUGUACCGCUUCACGGCUGUGGGAAUAGGCUAUGUCCAAAUCUAGGGUGUAUCGGCCAGUGGGGCCCAGGCCACCCCAGUGGAGAUAGGGAUCGG